AUGGAGGAAUCAACCUUGAACUGCAUAAAUUCGACGACUUUUUCACCAACUCCUCGGGAAGAGGAGUGCUUUUCCAGAGAUCCGAUGCCAUUGAAAAUCAUCCGAAUUUGUGCUUAUUGCAUUGUGAUCUUCGUCUCUUUAGUUGGUAAUCUCUUGAUAAUUGCGGUGACGAGGAGAACAAAAAUGACAAGUAGAAAAUCUAUCCAUUAUCUGAUUGUGAACAUGGCCAUGGCAGACAUAUUUCUAACAGUGUACAUGCCUCGGAUGAUAGCUCUGGCUUAUGUGGGUUACGAAUGGCAGAUUGACAACCUGCCAGGCGAGAUAUUCUGCAAAAUUUCAACACUGCUUAGUCACGCUUGCAUGACUGCAUCGAUUCUCACUGUUGUGGCAAUCAGUUUUGAUCGGUUUUUAGCUGUUAUUUUCCCAUUACGAUCGUCGCUCCUCACAAUUCCAAGAACCAAGAUGAUCAUAAUUUUCAUAUGGCUCACGGCUAUUGCAUUUCGAGUACCCAUGGCAUAUUCAGCAAGCCUACACAACUUGAACGGAAAACCCCAUUGUGUCAUUGUCCUGGAUGAGACAUUCGGUGAUGGAACCAAAAAAGUCUACUACUUUCUAAAUCUCUUCAGCCUUUUUGUGAUACCAUUCUUUAUCAUUUUGAUUUUAUACACUGCCAUUUUGGUAACUCUAAAGAAACGUAAACCACCACAAGUUGACACUACUCUGAAUAUAAACCCAUGGCAACAGCGUAAAGAGGAAACUACAAGAAGAGUCCUACAACUGGCAACAGCUGUUGUGAUGGCAUUUAUAAUUUGCUGGUUUUUGUACUUCAUUCGUCUUAUCUUGUUCUCCUACAACGUCGAUGUUUCAUGCCAUAUUUUAUUUUUGCGCCUUUUUCUCGCCCACUCUAACAGCGCCAUCAAUCCAUGUCUUUACGUGGUAUUCAGUGAGAGCUAUCGACACGGAGUCAAAAAUAUCAUCUCGCAGUAUUUUCCAAAAGUUUGUUGGACAGAAAAUUAUGUUUUACCAUCGUCCGCAGCAGUUGCAAACUCUAGAGCUACAUAUCAAGAAAAAGCCGACGGAAAAUUUCCCCAUCAACGAAAUUGUAAAGGAGACAGUGCCAUGAUCGCAGAAAGGGCAAUGGAGAAUUCCAUUUCUGAUGAAGACGCAGUGUAA